UACUUCAACAAGAGUGCCAAUCGAUUAUAUAUAUGACAGAAUAUAGUUUCCCAAUUACAGCAAUGUAUAUAUAUCUAACAAUUGGACAGCUCCUGGUGGCGCCUGUGGCGGGUCUUGUGCCACAGGGAUUCACGGUGCGGCAACCCAAAUGCAUAUAUCUGGUGGAUCCGGGUCCCUGCAAGGAUUGGGUCAAGGUCUGGGGCUUUGACUAUCUGACAAAUCGCUGCAUAUUCUACUAUUACGGCGGCUGUGGCGGCAAUCCGAAUCGGUUCUACACAAAGGCCGAGUGCCUCGAGACGUGUCGAGUGUACGACGACCCGAACCACACGAGAAGAAAACCCGAUGACGAUAGCGAUAUGUUUGAGAAGGACAUCGAUGAUUGGGAUAAUUUCGAUCUGUAAUCGAAUGAAUUCAAAUUUAAUUAAGUUAAAUGUUCUGU